AUGUCUACAGGAUGCGCCGACAAUUUUGGUAGUGGCGUGGGGGGCCGUGCAUGCCUUCAUGUUUUUCACCUUUUGUUGGGGGUGUCACAAAAGGAUUUUUCCUUGACUCUUUGUAGUGGGAUUGAAAUAUGGAGAAUUGAAAACUCUCAGCCGGUUCUUUUGCCAAAGCCUGAUUAUGGUAGAUUUUACUCUGCCGAUUCAUACAUUGUCCUAAAGACAGCCGGCAAGGCAGGUGCAUAUACAUAUGAUAUACAUUUUUGGUUAGGCAAAGAUACUGGCCAGGAUGAAGCUGGAACAGCAGCUAUGAAAGCUGUUGAACUUGAUGCAGUUCUUGGAAGUCGUGCAAUACAGUAUCGAGAAAUUCAAUGUCACGAAUCUAGUAGAUUUUUAUCCUACUUUAAACCAUGUAUGAUGCCAUUAGAGGGAGGUUUUUCGUCUGGAUUCAAGACAUCUGCAGACGAAACAUUUGAAACACUGCUGUACACAUGUGAAGGAAAACGAGCCAUCAGAUUAAAGCAGGUCCCAUUCAUGCGAUCCUCACUAAAUCACGAUGAAAUAUUCAUAUUGGUCACCAAGGAGAAAAUGUUUCAGUUCAAUGGGGCAAACACCAAUGUCCAAGAAAGAUCCAAAGCGUUGGAUGUUGUUCAGCUUUUAAAAGAGAAGUAUCAUGAGGGGACAUGCAAUGUUGCAAUUAUUGAAGACGGAAAGCUACAGACAGAGGGGAACUCAGCUGAAUUUUGGAACCUCUUUGAUGGGUAUGCUCCUAUAGGCAAAAAAGUAGCAAGUGAGGAUGAUACUAUUCCAGAGAAAACUCCAGCCAAACUUUACUGGAUAUCUGGAGGUCAGCUACAAGAAGUAGUUGGGGAACUCUCCAAAUCAUCAUUGCGCACAGAUAGAUGCUAUCUAUUAUAUUGUGGUACAGAUGUGUUUACAUGGGUUGGUCGAGCAACACGAUUAGAGGAUAAAAGAGCUGCCAUGCAGGCUGCUGAGGAGUUCAAUUUAAAGGAAAAUAUUCCAAAGUCCACUCGUGUAACAAGACUUAUCCAAGGUCAUGAGACAAGUUCAUUUAAAUCAAAUUUUGUGACUUGGUCAUCAGCUUCAGCAGCUCCUCCGUUUGAGGAGGGUAGGGGAAGAGUAGCAGCUAUGCUGAAGCAACAAGGUGGUGUUUUUAAAGCACAGACAAAAAGUUCUCCCGUAGAGGAGGAAGUUCCACCUUUGCUUGCUGAUAAUGGAAAUCUUGAGGUAUGGCGUAUUGAUGGGGAUGCUAAAACAUCAAUUCCAAUCGAGGAUACCGGAAAGUUUUACAGUGGAGAUUGCUACAUUUGUCUCUACUCUUAUCAUUCUAAUGAUCAAAAAGAAGAACAUUACCUAUGCUGUUGGAUUGGAAAGGAGAGCAUUGAGGCGGACCAACAAAUGGCUUUCCAGAUGGCUACAUCAAUGUUCAGCUCUCUAAAGUGCAAACCAGUGCAGGGUCGAAUAUAUCAAGGAAAAGAGCCACCUCAGUUUGUUGCCCUCUAUCAUCCUAUGGUUGUUCUCAAGGGUGGAUUAAGCUCUGGCUACAAAAGCUACAUUGCAGACAAAGAAUUAAAUGAUGAGACAUACAGUCCAGAUACUUCUGCCCUCAUUGAAAUAUCGGGAACUUCCGUGCAUAAUAAUAAAGCGCUUCAAGUAGAUUUGGCUGCAACAUCUUUAAACUCAUAUGGGUGCUUUAUCCAACAAUCUAAUUCAGCAGUUUGUAUCUGGUCUGGAAACCAGAGUACAGUUGAGAAGAAUAAGUUAGCUGUAAAAGUUGCUGAGUUUUUGAAGGGUGGUGUAACCAUAAAAUACGCUAAAGAAGGAAAGGAAAGCUUAGCUUUCUGGCUUGCACUGGGAGGCAAACAAAGCUACACCAGUAACAAAGUAACGCAGGAAAUUGUCCGAGAACCCCAUUUGUUUGCAAUCUCUUCCAAUAAAGGAAAGUUUGAGAUUGAAGAAGUUUACAGUUUUGAACAAGAUGAUUUGUUGACAGAAGAUGUUAUGAUAUUAGAUACACAUGCUGAGGUGGCUGUUUGGGUCGGCCAGUCAGUAGACCCAAAGGAAAAACAGAAGGCUUUUGGAACUGGCCAGAAAUACGUAGACUUGGCUGCAUCUACGGAUGGCUUGUCCCCGUAUGUGCCGUUAUAUAAAGUACCAGAGGGAAGUGAACCUUGUUUUUUCACAACAUAUUUCUCAUGGGAUCCUUCAAAAAUUAGCGCUCAGGCAACCUCAUUCAAGAAGAAGGCUGUGCUACUCUUUGGUCCAGGCUGUAUAACAGAGAGCCAAGAUAAUAAACCGAGAGUAAGUCUAAGCGGAGCGACCCAGAGAGCAUCUGCAAUGGCAGCUUUGACUUCUGCUUUCAAAUCAUCUAAUGUUACCAAAACUCCUGUCGCUCCAAGAAUGCCUAGUCAUGGGUCACAAAGAGCUGCCGCAGUCGCUGCCUUAUCCACGGUCCUCACUGCUGAAAAGAAGGGGCCGCCUGAUUCCCCCCCUCGUAGGCACCACAGAAGAAAUACAUCAACUGAAUCUAUCUCACCUGGUAUUGGUGGUGGGCCUGGCUCGCCGCGUUUUAGUACUGGAGCUGCCUCACCUGGCUUUGGAGGCGGAGCUGCCUCACCUGGUGUCAGUGGUGGAGCUGCCUCCCCGGGCAUUAGUGGGGGAGCUGUCUCACCCGGUAUUACUGGCGGGUCAAGCAUUUCUGACGAAGCUCCGGUGCAAACCGAAGAACCCUCCAACGUUUCUGAACAAAAUGAAGGUUCUGAAGCUACUAAUGAGACUGAGACAUCUGAGCCAACUCUAGAGACCAACGAACAGGAAUCUUCUACAAAGGAAACAGAUGAGACUGAAAAAGAUUGUGAGAACAGUCAAAGUUCCUAUACUUAUGAACAACUAAAAGCCAAAUCAACAAACCCGGUUACUGGAAUCGACUACAAGAAAAGAGAGGCAUAUCUCUCCGAUGAAGAAUUUGAGGAUGUAUUUAAUAUGACAAAAGAGGCUUUCUAUAAGUUACCAAGAUGGAAGCAAGACCAACUAAAGAGGAAAGUUGAUCUCUUUUAGAGUAUCAGAACCUUCGGUACCACUUGUAACAUAUUACAUAUCUGUUCUUUCUCUUUGUUGCUGGUUUAGACCUCAAAACACUUUCUUUUGCCGAAUAUGAUCACUUCUCUUUCUGCUAUCUGGCAAUCACAUAGAGUGAUCCUUUUGCAUUCUUUGUUUACUGCUUUUGAAAUAUGUAGUUUUUGUAAGAUGACCCACAAGUCCAUUCUUUUGAUUUGUUUCAUAUGUAUCUCAGUUUGAGUCAUAUUCAAGUACUUGAUCACAAUGUUGUAUUAAUACUUUGGAAGCAUCAAUGUAUAUAUAUGCAUC